AUGAUCAACGAGGAAAGUGAGCCGGCCAACGUCGUCAUGACGCCUGGCGUCGCCGGCCGGUCGCCCAACGCCGCCGAGUACACGGACGCCGACGACGAGAUCCGCCUCGAAGAAGAAGACAAGACGUUUGCGAACCUGCCGUGGUACAUGAAGCUGCUCUGGGGCACCUUUUACUUGUCCUGGCCAUGA